AUGACUUCCAUCACUUCCGUCGAGCUCAACUAUCUCGUGUUUCGCUACCUUCAAGAAUCAGGUUUCACACAUUCUGCUUUUGUGUUUGGGAAUGAAGGUGGCAUUAACAAGUGCCCAAUUGAUGGAAAUUUGGUACCACCAGGUGCUCUUGUCACAUUUGUUCAAAAGGGACUACAGUUCUUGGAGAUGGAAGCUAACUUGAGUAAUUGUGAUGCAGACUUCGAUGAAGAUUUUUCGUUCUUACAACCUUUGGAUCUUAUCACAAAAGAUGUGCAUGAACUUAAGAAAAUGAUAAAUGAAAGAAGAAGAAAACUACAGAAGGGUAAAAAUAAGGAACCUGCAAAAGAGCAUGAUGGUGACCGCGGACGGGUAAGAGAAAAGGAAAAACAUGAAAGGGAGAAAGAAUGUGAAAAGGAUAAAGAGAAGGUGGAAAAUAAAAAAGAGCCAGAAUCGGUUAGUGAAAAUCCGAUCAGUAGAGAAAUGGUCUCAGAUCAAGAAGAUAAGGUUAGUGGUGCUAAAAAAGAAGAUAAGGUUAACGGUGCUAAGAAAGAAGAUAAGGUUAAUGAUGAUGUUAUAAUAGAAGAAAAGGUGAAUGUAAAGGAUGAGGAGGAUGGAACAUUUAGAGGACCAGAGCCCAUGGACAUCUGUACAACAUCAACAUCUCAGCCAUGUGAAAUUCCUAGCUCAGAUGUGAUAACUUUGGAAGGGCAUACUUCAGAGGUCUGUGCUUGUGCUUGGAGUCCUACAGGAUCCCUUCUUGCAUCAGGGUCUGGGGAUUCAACCGCUCGUAUUUGGACGAUAGAUGAAGGGAAAUGCAAAUCUGAUUUCAGGAGUGACCCUUCUAAUGUAUUGGUGUUGCCACACCUUAGGGGUAUAAACAAUGAAAAGAGUAAAGAUGUCACUACACUUGAUUGGAAUGGGGAGGGGACACUACUUGCAACCGGUUCGUAUGAUGGUCAAGCACGAAUUUGGACCACUAACGGUGAGCUGAAGAGUACAUUAAUCAAACACAAGGGACCCAUAUUUUCGUUGAAGUGGAACAAGAAAGGAGAUUAUAUUCUUACUGGAAGUUGUGAUACGACUGCAAUUUUAUGGGAUGUUCAAGCAGAGAAAUGGAAGCAACAAUUUGAAUUUCAUAAAGGUCCAACACUUGAUGUUGAUUGGCGCAAUAAUGUGUCAUUUGCAACAAGCUCCACUGACACCAUGAUACAUGUUUGCAAGAUUGGCGACAACCACCCAAUAAAAACUUUUGCCGGGCACCAGAGUGAAGUAAAUUGUAUCAAAUGGGAUCCCACAGGUACACUACUGGCCUCGUGUUCAGACGAUAGCACUGCAAAGAUAUGGAGUAUGAAGCAAGAUACGCUUAUUCAUGACUUUAGGGAGCAUUCCAAGGAGAUAUAUACUGUCAGAUGGAGCCCAACUGGUCCCGGUACAAAUAACCCAAAUAAGAAAUUGGUGUUGGCUAGUGCAUCAUUUGACUCUACUGUAAAGCUAUGGGAUGUGGAGCUUGGUAAACUGAUCUACAACUUGAAUGGACACAGGGACGGUGUGUAUUCUGUUGCAUUCAGUCCCAAUGGGGAGUAUUUAGUCAGUGGUUCCCCUGACAAAUCCAUACAUAUAUGGUCUUUGAAUGACGGCAAGAUCAUCAAAACAUACAAUGGCAAUGGAGGUGUUUUUGAGGUCUGUUGGAAUAAGGAAGGUGACAAGAUCGCAGCCUGUUUUGCUAAUAAUACAGUUUGCAUUUUGGAUUUCAGAAUGUAA